CAAAUUACACAACACAGCUAGAGUCCCGGUGCUGAAAAGCGUUUCUGUUGCUCCUAUUCCCUCUUCGAACAAAAACUCGUCUCUGCGAUUCCGUAAAAGCAAAAACCAAGAGAAACUCGGUCGGAAUUGCAAAAGCUCUUUUUCCAAAAGCACCGCGCGACUCGUAUUGCGAAAGAAAUGGCACCCUUGAAAUCUCUGGAGGCAGAGCACCCAGUAAUCGACUCAAAUUUCCAGACCUUUUGCGCCUCCCAUGGCAUCUUCUCAGUGGAAGAUUUCCUCAUUCACGACCUCGAUGAAUUGGCUGGUUCUGCUCAGCAACAUCCCACAUCUGAAAAGCUAAAGCAGGGAAUUACUGAGGUCCACUCUGUCAUUGAUUCUCAGCACCAGCCAUGGUUGAAUGGUUUGGAGCUUUUAGAUGAUGCUUUGCAUUUCAAACGUGUAUUAUCAACUGGGUGUGAAGGGAUUGAUUUGUUACUCAGAGGCGGAUUGCGUGAGGGGCAGGUAACUGAACUUGUCGGUCCAUCUUCCUCUGGUAAAACCCAAGUUUGCCUACUAUCUGCUGCAAAUGUUGCAACGAAGCACAUGGGUACUGUUGUCUAUCUGGACACAGGAAACUCAUUCUCACCUGAACGAAUUGUGCAUUUUGUUGGUGAUAUCUCUGACCAUGCCUUUGAUCAGGCUGGACAAAGAGUUUUUCAGAAAGUAAUGAACAACAUUUUAUGCCAUCCUGUGUUUGACAUUUUUACAAUGUUCAAUCUCUUACACCGGCUAGAGUUCAGUUUGCCAUCUCAGAUGCGGAAGGGAGAGCAGGUGCGGUUGCUUAUUGUUGAUUCGAUCUCUUCACUAAUCACCCCGAUUCUUGGGAACAGUGGUUCACAGGGACGUGCUUUGAUGAUAUCUGCUGGAUAUCUGUUAAAGAAGUUAGCACACGAGCAUAAUCUUGCAGUACUGGUGACCAAUCACACGGUGGGUGGGGAGAAAGGUAUUCCAAAACCAGCUCUUGGACAGACCUGGAAGAGCAUUCCACACGUGAGGCUUCUUCUUUCCGGUGAUCAGGGAAAUAGUACCCGGACUAUUUCUGUGCUAAGACACCCAUCUAUGAUAGUUCCCUCUUUUUCAGUUUCCGUUCAGAGCUGAAGCAUGCUCCUACCACAGUUAACAUUACUUCCAAUGUAGUUUCAUAACUUCUUAUUGCUCCUUUUUCUUUCUCAGGCUUCUGGCAAGUCUACAAGGUUUACAAUAUAGGAGUGCACGGUAGAUUUAACUUAUACUUGCCACUCCUACACGAAAAGGUAGGAAGAGUGGAUCAUGUAGAUAACUGAAGCUGCUCUAUACGACGAUACUGUUAACAAAUUUAAGGAAGAGUGCUCUCUUUAUAAGUUCGAGAUUCUGAGAUUGGGGAUAGAUUAGUUCAGAUUGCAAUUUUUUACUGACUACAGGGAAAUAGAUAUAACAUUAUUAUCUUUUGUGUGUACUUUGGUAGUUUAUGGUGUUUGUGAAGUUAGGGAACUAGUCACCAACAUUUUGUUUGAAUGAGAAAAUUAAAUUAUGUA